AUGUCCAUCAAUGACCAGAAGGUAGUUUCCAUGUGGGAACAGUCUCUGUGUCUAGACGAAGGUCACUAUAGUCUAGACAUUCCAUUUAAGAUCAGGCCACCCCGUCUUCCAGACAACAAAGUCAUUGCUGAACACCGAUUGAGUCUGCUUGGUAGGCGUCUGUCACAAAACUCUGACAUGAGAGAAAAGUAUGUUGCCAACAUGUCUGACCUACUUGCUAAAGGCUAUGCAGAGGAAGUACCAGAAGAGGAGUUGGACAGGUCUGACGGAGCUGUAUGGUAUUUGCCACACCACCCGGUGGUGCAUCCAAGAAAACCUGGCAAAGUCCGAAUUGUAUUCGAUUGCUCGGCGAAGUACUGUGGCACAUCCCUGAAUGACAACGUAUACCAAGGCCCAGACUUGACCAAUCAGCUCCUGGGAGUUCUCCUUCACUUUCGUCAAGAAACCAUUGCCUUGAUGGCUGAUAUUGAAGGAAUGUUUAACCAGGUGAAAGUGAAUAAACCAGAUCGUGACGUCUUGCGAUUCUUGUGGUGGAACAACGGUUUCAACGAAGAUCCGAAGACAUGCCGCAUGACGACCCAUCUCUUUGGUGGAGUCUGGUCACCGAGCACUGCCAACUUUGCCUUGAAAUGCACAGGAAGAGACAACGUCAGUCGAUUCGAUCCCGAGACAAUCUCCACCAUUGACAAGAACUUUUAUGUGGACGAUUGCCUCACAUCGGUGACCACGGUUCAGGCCGCUUCAAGUCUCAUCAGUCAGCUUUGUCAAGCUUUGUCACUCGGGGGCUUUCAUCUGACCAAAUGGCUCAGUAAUUCACGAGAUGCUCUGCGAACAGUUCCAGAAGCCGACCGAGCUAAGGGGGUUCCCACUGUUGACAUGGAUCGUGAGAUGUUGCCAACCGAACGUGCCCUUGGGGUGUUGUGGGAUACUCAAGCUGACAUGUUCACAUUCGAUGUGUGUUUGAAGGACAAGCCGCUAACUCGCAGAGGGCUGUUAAGCACGAUCAGUUCACUCUACGACCCGCUUGGCUUUGCCUGCCCCUUUGUGUUGACAGCCAAAAUUCUGUUCCAGCAGCUGUGCAGGCUGAAGGUUGAAUGGGACAGUCUCAUGCCUGAUGACAUCGCCCAUCAGUGGAAUGGCUGGAAGACAGAUUUGCCAAACCUGAAGAACAUGACGGUACCUCGCUGCUUAAAGCCACUUGGUUUUGGAGAAGUCACAUCUGCACAACUCCACCAUUUUUCUGACGCUUCAGAGAAAGGGUAUGGUGCAGCAACAUAUCUGCGGAUUCAGGACACCAGUGGCAAGAUGCACUGCCAGCUAGUCAUGGCCAAGGCGAGGCUCGCACCAAUCAAGACAACAACCAUUCCACGUCUAGAACUCAUGGCAGCCGUCAUAUCAGUCAAGCUAGACGAGCUAGUUUGUCAGCAUUUGUCGAUGCCCCUGGAAGAGUCGACGUACUGGACUGACAGUACAAUUGUACUACACUAUCUUCAGAAUCAGGAGAAGCGCUACCAAGUAUUUGUAGCCAACCGGGUGUCAAGGAUUCUGGAGCACACUAGUCCAGCCCAGUGGAGAUAUGUCGAAACCCAAACAAAUCCAGGCGAUGAUGUUUCUCGCGGCAUGACAGCUGAAGAGCUUGUCCUGAAUGAUCGAUGGAUCUCUGGACCACGAUUUCUGUGGGAAGACAAAAGUGAGUGGCCUCCACAACCAGACUUGAGCCACAAGACACUACCUGAUGAAGCCGAGGUGAAAAGGGACACUGGGGUGUACAGUACCAUGUCAAGGAAAGACGGAACCGACAUACUGGCAGCCCUUCUGAAGAAGUUUUCAUCUUGGUACCGGUUGAAAAGGGCAGUUGCCUGGCUUCUCAGGGUCAAAGCUGUACUACUCGCAAGAGUCCAAAAGAGAGAGAGAGAUAUGAAAUUGAUGGGACGUCUGACUGUUAGGGAAAUCCUGGUGGCAGAAGAUGCCAUUGUGAUGGCCAUUCAGAAAGACAACUUUGAUGACGCCACUCUGAAGUCGAGCAGUUAUUGCAAACUCUCUCCAUCAAGGUUCAGCGAUGGCAUAAUUCGCGUUGGAGGACGUCUUGCCAACUCACCCCUGAUGAGUGAUGAAGCCAAACAUCCCCGAUUAUUACCAGCGAAACAUCCAGUCAUCCCCUUGAUUGUGAGGCACUACCAUGUGGCAUCAGGACACGCUGGAGCUGAGCGCACACUCGCAGAAGUCACCUCAAGCUUUGGGAAAAGUCAAGCAGAAGGUGAUGAAGGUUUUGCCACAUUCUCCCAGGAAAAGAAAAGCAGUGGUUGA